AAAAGUUUAACAGAAAACCCUGGAAAAACCCUACUGUUCCUUUUCAUUUUCUCAUCCUUUCAUCCCUUUUAAGAAUGUGUGAAUGCAAUAAAAGUUGACAAAUUUUGCGUAUUGAAGACGGAAUCGAGAUUGCCAGGUAUCGAAUUUGUUUUGAGUAUGUAUUUAGUUUUGCGUAUUGGGACUGCCAAUUUUGGCUGGAACGGAAUCAUAUUGUGUGUGAAUUGAGGAAAAGAAGCUAUUUUGAUACUUACCCUCGUUCAUGGGGAUAGCGUGGUUAAAGUUUUCUGUGUUGGUAAAGUUUUUGCUUGAACAGAUGACCGAUGUCAAGGAGAAUCCCACUGUCGUGGGGGGAAGUGGGGUGGAGGAGACAUCGCCUGAUUCGCUCAAGAACACGGCAUCAAACAUAGCGAGAUUGGAGGAUGUAAUAGAGCACUGCAGGGGCCGCCAGAAGUUUCUUGCGCAGACUCGUAGUCCUUCUGAUGGGGGUGAUGUCCGCUGGUACUUUUGCAAGGUCCCUUUGGCUGAAAAUGAGCUAGCUGCUUCAAUUCCUCGCACUGAGAUAGUGGGAAAGAGUGACUAUUUUCGUUUUGGAAUGAGAGAUUCGCUUGCAAUAGAGGCUUCUUUCUUGCAGAGAGAAGAAGAGCUGCUUUCUUGUUGGUGGAGAGAAUAUGCAGAAUGCAGUGAAGGUCCAAGAGGAAGAGCUAGCUCCAAAAAGAAGUUGGAUAGACAAAUAGGUCAAUCUUCUUCAGAGGGUUCUUCAUCAGCCAAACUGUAUGAAGUUGAAGAAGAGAGAGUUGGUGUCCCCGUAAAGGGAGGACUCUAUGAGGUAGAUUUAGUUAAAAGACACUGUUUCCCUGUUUAUUGGAAUGGAGAAAAUCGGCGAGUUCUAAGAGGUCACUGGUUUGCUCGUAAAGGAGGUCUCGAUUGGCUUCCACUUCGUGAAGAUGUAGCUGAACAGUUAGAGAUAGCAUAUCGUAGCCAGGUCUGGCAUCGGAGAACGUUUCAACCAUCUGGACUUUUUGCUGCCCGAGUUGAUUUGCAAGGCUCCUCUCCAGGACUUCAUGCACUUUUUACAGGAGAAGAUGAUACUUGGGAGGCUUGGCUUUAUGUUGAUGCUUCUGGUUUUUCAAGUGUUAUCAGUUUCGGUGGAAAUGGAAUUAAGUUAAGGCGUGGCUACUCUGCAUCUCAUUCCCCCAAACCAACACAGGAUGAAUUACGUCAGCAGAAGGAGGAAGAAAUGGAUGAUUAUUGCUCUCAGGUCUCUGUUCGUCACGUAGUGUUUAUGAUCCAUGGUAUUGGUCAAAGGUUGGAGAAAUCUAAUUUGGUGGAUGAUGUUACUAGCUUUCGCCAUGUAACAGCUUCCCUUGCCGAACAGCACCUUACGUCACAUCAACGUGACACUCAAAGAGUCCUUUUCAUCCCAUGCCAGUGGCGAAAGGGCUUGAAGCUCAGUGGUGAAUCUGCUGUUGAUAAAAUCACUAUAGAUGGUGUGAAGGGUUUGCGUGUGAUGCUUAGUGCCACUGUUCACGAUGUAUUAUACUACAUGAGCCCCAUAUACUGUCAGGCUAUAAUUGACUCGGUUUCAAACCAAUUAAAUCGGUUAUAUUUAAAGUUCCUUAAACGGAAUCCUGGUUAUGAUGGAAAGGUUUCCAUUUAUGGGCAUUCUUUGGGAAGUGUCCUCUCCUAUGACAUCCUAUGUCACCAAGAGAAUCUCUCCUCCCCAUUUCCAAUGGAUUGGAUGUAUGAGGAACAUUCUAGAAAUGUUGAAUGUUCCCCAAAUACGAAUAACCUAUCCAUCAAGUGUGGCAUUCCAAACAGUCUAGAUAUGAAUCAAACUAAGGGUAUGGCAGGCUAUGUUGAGGAAAAGAUAGUGGUUGCAAAAUCAAAUGUGUUUAUACAUGAGGAUAGACAUGAUGAAUUUUCUGCAGGUGGCGGUCCUAUCACGUCUGAUAUAAAUGCAAUUACUACAAGGACUGGGAGUAAGGACCCUGUGCUAACAAGUAGUGAGGAAGAUGUUCAUCAACUAGUUGGUGAUUUUGGUCACAUCCCCCCCCAAGAGGAGGGUGGUCUGGAUGAAUCUAAAAACGUGAACUGUUCUGCCUCAGCAAGUGGUUUGGAGAAGAUGGCUGAGGAGGAACGUGAUGGUUCCAGCGACAAGGAGGAAAAGUUCAAAUCGAUGAGGGAAGAGAUGGAUUCCUUAAAAGCAAAAAUAGCUGAACUGGAAUCACAAUGCAAAUAUGGGGAUACAGAAAAUAAGGAGCUGAUUUCAACCUCACUACAGAAACCUGUAUCUCAGAGGAACGAGGGCAAGCUUCAACCAGAGCUAGAUCACAGGCUAGAAAGCCAUACUCCUUAUAUCAGAUACACAAAGCUUGAAUUCAAGGUUGAUACAUUCUUUGCGGUAGGAUCACCUCUUGGAGUCUUCCUUGCCCUUAGAAAUAUUCGUCUUGGAAUUGGAAAAGGGCAAGAAUAUUGGGAUGAGGAAAACAUUAGUGAAGAGAUGCCAGAUUGUCGUCAGAUGUUCAAUAUCUUUCAUCCUUUUGACCCUGUAGCAUACAGAAUAGAACCCAUUGUUUGUAAAGAAUACACUGAAAAACGCCCAGUGAUCAUUCCUUAUCACAAAGGUGGAAAGAGGUUGCACAUUGGAUUUCAGGAAUUCACUGAAGAUUUAGGUGCCCGUUCUCAAGCAAUAAGGGAUCAUCUGAAAGUCAUACGGGUGGGCUCUACUAGACUCCCCAGAAAUAAAAUUCUCUCACUUUGCCAGUCUAAAAACGGUGACGACGUAGAGGAUGGAGUAGAGAAUUCAGAAGAAAAAGAAGAGAGAUCUUAUGGUUCUUUAAUGAUGGAGAGGUUAACUGGAAGUGAAGAAGGGCGGAUAGAUCAUAUGCUUCAAGAUAAAACAUUUGAACAUCCAUAUCUACAAGCCAUUGGAGCACACACGAAUUAUUGGAGAGAUAAUGAUACUGCUCUGUUCAUUUUGAAACACCUGUAUCGAGACAUACCUGAAGAUCCUGACUCACCUGAGGAAUCCAUCAGGGGCAGCUCAAAAGAUGAGACCGGUUCUGCAGGCUGGUCUGAUCAAAGAGAGGGUCCUGAUGAAGAUCUUCCAUUGACAUUUUCUGACAGGAACAUGAUUAGAAGCUUGUCAAGGAAAGCUAAGAAAUUCUUGAAGAACCCUUGAGCCCAUCUCAUGUCCCCUAAUAUGCUAAUGUUAUCCAUGGUAUGCAUUUGGAGAUGUUUUGUUAUUACACGAUUGGUCUCGGAAUCAUAGGAAUGAAUGGAAAGAAAGUUUGUGGUGCAGCCGAUUAUUGUCUGAAGAAUGCUAGUAGCAGACUAGCAGUCAGUCACUGAAUAGCAGUUUCAUAAGCAGGUCGAUGUUCCCACUAUACUCUCUAGUGUACACAAAUGCAAAGUGGGAUUUGUCCAGCACGUAGUGGUUUACUGGUCACCCCAAUGCGAAAAGUGCUUGAACAUCUAAAAUUUAGAUUUUAUACUCAGAUUUUCCUUUUCUGAAAUUUCUUACCAUAAAAAAAAAAUAAGAAGGCGAAGUGGGGACUUUGUUAUGAACUACAGAUAUGUUAGAAAUUGUACAUAAAUUGGUUACUCAUUUUAUUUAUUGUAUGUACAUUGAUUUCAUGUGUUUAAAAGACUUACAAUCUAAUUUUAAA